AUGGACGGAAGGGUUGAGUUGGUCCGAAAAUUGAGGGGAGAGUACGGGUGGUUCAAGGACGAGACAUACACGGAAAAAAUUGGGUGA